CUUCCGCCAGACAAAGUAUUCCCCUUUGGAGCGGAAGUGCCGCGCGGAUGAAUGUGUCCUAUCAGAUACCAUCACGGUACAGGUGUGUAUUUACAAACGUUAUUGUUUAGUUUCGCGGGUUCAACUUUGCGGAAAAGUGUGAACACAAGAUGCCUCCUAAACGCACAAGAAACACUGGAAAUCCACAGAAUCAGGAGCGGCUCAACAAGGAGCUGCGAAGCAAAAAACUUGCUCUUUUCAUUCAACAGUUUGAGAAAGACGCACAAGAGCGUCUGAAUGAACUUGAAAGCAAACUCCAGAACAUGUUGGCAACCAUCGAUAAAGUCUUCGAAAUAGAGUUGCUCAAAAUGCCACCCUCCUUGCAAAAUACGCUCAUGGGAGACUUAAUAAGUGAACAAGAACUCUCAGGCGCCAAGGCGAUAUCCAUCGACAUCCUGCAUGGAAGUCCUGAUGUGCACCAGCCACUCAGGAAGGCGUCCAGCAAAAGAGGAAAAUUUACUGAUCCCGGGUUGAUUCAGUCCAGUUUGUCUCGGAAGAACUCGGGCAAGACAUCCAAGCGGUCCAAAGAAUCCAAAAGAGCAAAGCUGUUGGCUGGCAGCAGCAGCACAGGAAAUCUUGGAACUCCAGGCAGCGUGAUCAAGCCCAGCGAUGAGGUCAUGACAGCUCGACGUAAACUUAGGUCUGUUGUAUCCAUGGGAGAUUUACAUUGUUCAGUGGCUGGAUCUGCUGCACACAUCACUGUAACCACAGCACUCGGACAGGCUGUCUGCUUUUCUGAGGAGAACAAGGAUAAAAUCAACUUUGACUUGCUAGAUGACGUAGCGUGGUGCCAGGUGGAGAAGCUCUCUAGACUGAUGGAGUAUGUGUCUGGAAAAAGCCGCCGCCACACUGCACCACAAUGACGUAGUAGCCUCUGAUUUACCCUUUUUGUGUAAAUACCCGAUGAUCAUUUUAAUAAUAAAUUUAAUUUGUUUGAGGUA